GAUUUGAACAGUCUGCCCUGCAGCUCUUCUGGACCACUGAGCCCAAGCCUUUCCCUCAGCGUUCACCAGGUCACAGUGCUUAUCUGCGAGAACACACAUGGCUCUGUUAAGAAAAAUUAAUCAGGUGUUGCUGUUCCUUCUGAUCUUGACCCUCUGCGUGAUUCUGUAUAAGAAAGUUCAUAAGGGGACUGCGCUCAAGAAUGAAACAGAUGAUGACUCUGAGACUCCUGAGGAAGUAGAAGAGGAAAUCCCUGUGGUGAUUUGUGCAGCAGCAGGGAGAAUGGGUGCCGCAAUGGCUGCCAUCAACAGCAUCUACAGCAACACCGAUGCCAACAUUUUGUUCUAUGUUGUUGGACUCCGGAACACUCUAUCUCGAAUACGAAAAUGGAUCGAACAUUCUAAACUGAGAGAAAUAAACUUUAAAAUUGUGGAAUUCAACCCUGUGGUCCUCAAGGGGAAGAUCAGACCCGACUCCUCAAGGCCUGAACUGCUCCAGCCUUUGAACUUUGUUCGAUUCUAUCUCCCUCUGCUUAUCCACCAACACGAGAAAGUCAUCUAUGUGGACGAUGAUGUCAUUGUACAAGGUGAUAUCCAAGAACUCUAUGACACCACUUUGGCCCUGGGCCACGCAGCAGCUUUUUCGGAUGAUUGCGACCUACCCACCACUCAGGACAUAACUGGACUGGUGGGGCUACAGAAUACAUACAUGGGAUAUCUGGAUUACCGGAAGAAGACCAUAAAAGACCUUGGCAUUAGCCCCAGCACCUGCUCUUUCAAUCCUGGUGUGAUUGUUGCCAACAUGACAGAGUGGAAGCACCAACGUAUCACCAAACAACUGGAAAAAUGGAUGCAAAAAAACGUGGAGGAAAACCUCUACAGCAGCUCCCUGGGUGGAGGGGUGGCCACCUCUCCAAUGCUGAUUGUGUUUCAUGGGAAAUACUCCGCAAUCAACCCUCUGUGGCACAUCCGGCAUCUGGGCUGGAAUCCAGAUGCCAGGUACUCAGAGCAUUUUCUACAGGAAGCUAAGCUGCUCCACUGGAAUGGAAGACAUAAACCCUGGGACUUCCCAAGUGUCCACAAUGACUUAUGGGAAAGCUGGUUUGUUCCUGACCCUGCAGGGAUAUUUAAACUCCAUCACCACGACAGCUGAUACAACUUGGUAUUUUAAAUAUUUCCAGUGUAAAAAUAUGGCAUUGACCAUGUGUGCUGACCAUAACACUGUUCUUUAUGAAUACAUAUGAUCCAUACUAGAAAACAAAAAACCUACUUUGUACA